CGUGCUCUCUUGGGGCGAGGCGUCGCGGCGCGCCGGCGGCACGCGAGGGCGGUGUUGGCUGAUGUGGAGCGCGCUGCGGCAGGGCGGCUUCAGGCUGAGCGCGGGCGCUGCCACAACGUCGAACUGGAGGAGAGGCUCCGGCAGUGGUCCAGGCAUCGCUUGGCGUCGCCAAGAGCAACAAUGUCGUCGCCGUCGGCCUCAGCGCUGCAACCCCCUGCGUCGUCGCCAUCGGACGCCUGCGUUCUGCUGCUCCGGUGCCGGCACAUGUCCUUGUGCAGUGCGUGCGAACCUGCCGUUGCGACCUGCCCCGUGUGCGUGGCCACCAAGUACUCCUCGUUCCAUGUCAAGCCAUGCCGCCAGUUGGGCCGACGCUGGACGAGCGUCGCGCUGUGCUCGCGCGCGAGACCGUGCUUAAUUUGGAUCGAUUGCAGACCGUGUCCUUGUCGAACACAAUUCAAUGGAGUGCCCAACCCGGAUUGUUGUUUUGUGCUAUAACAAGGAAGGGUAGUCGGGGGGAAUCUCCAUCAGAUUAAUUUUGGAUUCAGAUUUGCUAUUUCAUAUCUAGAUGUGAAAUAACUAUCUCACAUCUAAGUCCCUCAUCGUUGGAUUUGUUUUGUCUUUAAAAUUCGUGCACUGAUGAUCUGACGAUUUGUUCGUGUUUGAUUGUACGAUCUGGCGAUUUGUAGCGUGCGCUCGCGCAGCCCCGCAUGCAGUGUGCCAGCGUGCCAGCGUGGGCUAGCCCAUGUGUGCUAGCGUGGGCUGCCUUUCCUUUCUGUUUUUUUCCUUCUUUUGUCUAUUGUUGUAUUGUCUCGAUACACUGCAGCUGUUGCAGUUUGUGAGGUAUUUUUUGUCUUUUUUUCAUUUCUUUUUUCUCCCACUUGUGAUACUAUGAUAUGUGUAUAUAUUAGAUGACGUGUGCAGGCAUCUCCUUUGUGCGUGUAUAUACCGUAUGAUUGUUCGUGCAUAUUUUUGGUUGUUUUGAUUUGUAUUCAUCUAUGCACGUGUCCACAGAAUUGUAAAUCAUGUAUCAAAAUCAUUUAUAUUCAUGUUCAUUUGUCCCACAGAAUUUUGUAAAUCAUGUUCAUUUUACAGCCCAUCAAACCAUGCGUCUUUAUUUUUUGGGCUGUUUUUCGUGGUCUUUUUUUCUGUGUUGUAGUUCAAGAAAA